GCUGAAGCAGAAGAAUAACCAGAAAGGGAAAAGGAAGGAGACUAACUGCGAGCAUCCAGUGUUUCCCGCUCAGAAAAUAAGAAUGUUUUUUGAAUUUGGAAGCCAAAAGCAAACUCCUGAAGGUAACAUGGAUUCACAGUACAUAUACGAACUUUUAGGUGAAAACGCCUGGUACUACAUCGCAGCUUCCUUCGCUUUGCUUUGGAUUCUGGUGUGGCUUUACAGAGACAGCCUGGAAAUAGGGAAUGUCUCAGACAAAUAUGUCUUUGUGACUGGCUGUGACACAGGAUUUGGGAACCUUUUGUGUAAGAAGCUUGACCGUAGAGGUUUUCGUGUUCUAGCCGGCUGUCUCACAGAAAAGGGAGCUGAUGAUCUGAAAAGAGUUGCAGGGCCUCACCUGAAGACGGUCCUGCUGGAUGUGACCAGUCAGAGCAGCAUCCAGACUGCCAUGGAGUGGACAAAGAAGGAGGUUGGUGAUAGAGGACUUUGGGGUAUUGUGAACAAUGCCGGACGUUCCUUACCUAUGGGUCCUUCAGAGUGGAUGAGAGUGGAGGAUUUCCACAAUGUACUGAAAGUGAACAUGAAUGGAGUGAUUGCCAUGACUAUGACCUUCCUGCCCCUUAUCAAAAAGGCCCGUGGACGCAUAGUAAACGUGGCAUCUGUCCUAGGCAGGGUGGCUGCAAAUGGUGGCGGAUACUGCAUCUCCAAGUUUGCAGUGGAGUGUUUCUCUGACUGCAUCAGGAGAGAUAUAAGCUACUUUGGAAUCAAAGUGUGUAUCAUUGAGCCGGGGUUUUUCAAGACAGCUGUGACCAGCCUUGAUCCCAUCGAGCGGGAGCUGCACCGUCUAUGGAAUCAGCUCAGCCCUGAAGUAAAAGCAAGCUAUGGAGAAAAAUACCUGGAUAACUACAUCAAGAUCCAGCGUUUGAUCAUGAAUGCUGUGUGUGACUCAGACCUUAGCAAGGUGACCAGCUGCAUGGAGCAUGCUCUGACUGCGGCUCACCCACGCACGCGAUACAGUGCCGGCUGGGACGCCAAGCUUCUAUGGAUCCCUCUCUCUUACAUGCCUUCCUUUGUGGUUGAUAUUGGACUGAGGCUGGUGCUGCCUCGGCCUUCCAAGAGUGUUUAACUUGGCAAGACUUUGAAGAAACACCUUUAAAAUUCUUGGCCACUUUAUCAUUUUGUAUGUGUUGAUAAAGUACUGAGUGUGCUGUCCAUAAUCC